GGGCUUUUUUCCCUCCUCCUCCUGUGCAUGAACACAACAGUAGGACCCCCCCCCCCCCCACCCACCCUCCUAUCCACCCCACCAGGAUCUAAAGAUGUGGACGGAAGUCGGAAAGCUCGUGCUAUUACAUUUGCUGCUCGCGGAGCUCCACUGCGCUAAAGGAACUAACACGGAGUCGGAGUGUGAAACGGGUCAGUUUCAGUGCAAGAACGGACGCUGCAUCCCGACCCUGUGGAGAUGUGACGACGAUGACGAUUGCUCCGACAGCAGCGACGAGGAGAACUGUCCCAAGAAGACGUGCGCCACCACCGACUUCGCCUGUAAGAACGGACAGUGCGUCCCCGCCAGGUGGCGCUGUGACGGGGAACCGGAGUGUGCGGACGGCUCCGACGAGGCCGACGCAAUCUGCAGCCGACAGACCUGCCCGCCGGAGAAGUUUGACUGCGGGGGGGCUGCCAGCAAAUGCGUUUCGUUGUCAUGGCGAUGCGAUGGAGAGAGGGACUGUGAGAACGGGGCGGACGAGGACCAGUGCGCCGCAGACGCCAAGGCCUGCCCCUCCAAAGACUUCCCGUGCCGCAACGGCAAGUGCGUGGCGCCGAUCUUCGCGUGCGACGGCGACGACGACUGCGGCGACGGCAGCGACGAGGACAAGUGCCCGACUCCCGCCUGCGGCCAGCACGAGUUCCGCUGCAACGACUCGGAGUGCAUCCCGGCCCUGUGGAGCUGCGACGGAGACCCCGACUGCAAGGACAAGUCGGACGAGUCCAUGGAGCGCUGCAGCCGCCGGACGGAGCCCCGGAAGCCGCGGUGCCCCGCCGGCGAGCUCCAGUGCGGCAGCGGCGAGUGCGUCCACGGCAACUGGAGGUGCGACGGAGACGCCGACUGCAAGGACAAGUCGGACGAGGCCAACUGCCCUCUGCUCACGUGCCGACCGGAUGAGUUCCAGUGUGGCGACGGCUCGUGUGUCCACGGCACCAAGCAGUGCAACAAAGUCCACGACUGCCCCGACUACAGCGACGAAGCCGGCUGCGUCAACGUCACAAAGUGCGACGGCCCGAGGAACUUUCGCUGUAAGAACGGCGAGUGUGUGGACGUCAGCAAGGUGUGCGACAACGUGAAGGACUGCGAGGACUGGUCCGACGAGCCCAUGAAGGAGUGUGGCCUGAAUGAGUGUGCCGACAACAAUGGCGGCUGCUCCCACAUCUGCAGGGACCGCAUCAUCGGUUACGAGUGUGACUGUCCCUCCGGGUAUAAACUCCUGGACAAGAAGACUUGUGGAGACAUCGACGAAUGCGAGAACCCGGACGCCUGCAGUCAGAUCUGCAUCAACUACAAAGGGGAUCACAAGUGUGAAUGCUACGAAGGCUACGAGAUGGACCCCGCCUCCAAGACCUGCAAGGCUGUGGGAAAGAGUCCGUACCUGAUGUUCACCAACCGCCACGAGAUCCGCCGCAUCGACCUGCUGAAGAGCGAGUACACACAGGUGGUUCCCACGCUGAAGAACGCCGUGGCCCUGGAUGUGGACGUGGCCACCAACAAGAUGUUCUGGUGCGAUCUGUACCAUCGCAAAAUAUACAGCGCUUACAUCAACAAGGCGAGCGACGCGUCGCAGCAGCUGACCCUCGUCGACUCGCUGCACUCCCCCGAGGGCCUGGCCGUGGACUGGGUCCACAAGAACAUCUACUGGACCGACUCCGGCAACAAGAGCAUCUCCGUCGCCACGGGAGACGGACGGAAGAGGAAAGUGCUGAUCGCCACCGAGUUGAGCGAGCCGCGGGCCAUCGCGGUGGAUCCACAGCAAGGCUUCAUGUACUGGUCGGACUGGGGAGGUCAGGCCAAAAUUGAGAAGGCUGGUAUGAACGGAGUGGACCGACAGGUUCUGGUGUCCGAACACAUCGAGUGGCCCAAUGGAAUCACCCUGGACUUGUCGAAUAGGCGUCUCUACUGGGUGGACUCCAAGCUGCACCUGCUGUCCAGUGUGGAUCUGAACGGGGACAACCGCAAAGUGCUGCUGUCCUCCCAGCGCCACCUGGGUCACCCCUUCGCCCUCACUGUGUUCGAGGAUCGUGUCUACUGGACCGACCUGGAGGAUGAGGCGAUCUACAGCGCCGACCGGCUGACGGGGCUCGACGUGGUGACGGUGGCGGAGCACCUGAACAACCCCCUGGACCUGGUGGUGUUCCAUGAGCAGCGGCAGCCCACAGCUCCAGACGCCUGCAGCGUGGGCAGCCUGCCCAACGGCGGCUGUGAGUACCUGUGCCUGAAGGCACCGCAGAUCACAGACCACUCCCCCAAGUACACCUGCGCCUGCCCCGACGGCACGGAGCUGGGGCCGGACAUGAGGCGCUGUGCCGCGGUUCGACCCAGAACAACAACGACGGCUGCUCGAAGCACCACGACCACCACAACCAUGACAACCACGAUAACCACGACAACCACCACCCCUACCUCCACCCCCCCUACCUCCACCUCCUCUACCUCCUCUGCUGCUACGACACCCAGGCCCACAACCCGCCGCCUGGCGCCGCCCGCCGCCACCAAGACCCCCAGGAGAACCUCGAUGGAGGCGCCUCGGACCCCCGCCGCCGCCACGAGCACGGAGACGCCCGGGGGCAGCGGCACGCGGCGGACAUCCACGCACACACACACACACACACCGCUGCUGGGCCCCGUGGCCCCCAACAGCAUCCAGAGGGAGAGCAACGCCAACCUCUCCCACAGAGCUGCCAGUGAUCAUUACCUCAUCGGGAACAACAUCACGGUGGCCGUGCUGGGCAUCGUCAUUCCUAUCGUCCCUAUCCUUGCCACAGUGGUCAUCGGCCUGCUCUGCACCGGCGGGUACCUGAUGUGGCGCAACUGGCGGCGCAAGAACACCAAGAGCAUGAACUUCGACAACCCCGUGUACCGCAAGACCACGGAGGACGACGACGACGAGAUCCACAUCGGGCGCCACAGCGAGUCGUCGUCCGUCGGCCACGUGUACCCAGCACUCAGACAGCCGGAGAGGAAUCCGGUUUGGCGUUAUGUGGGCCAGACGUUUCAGGCCGGAGGCUAGCGUCCCACAUUCCUCCCAUGGGAGCAGAGACGAGAGAACCGGGGGAACGAAUAAAGUGUGGAAUUUUUAAAAAAAAAGAGGAGGAGGAAGGUCAGGGAGAGGAGUAUGGAGUGCAGGGAAAUGGAUUCUAUAUGAACCUGUCGUUUAUUGUCUUUCUUUAUUCCCUGUCCAUCAUGUUUCUCUGUUUUUAUUAUUUCCUGUCUCUCUCUCUUUCUCUCUCUCUCUCUCUCUCACCUUCACCACCCUUUACCUGUGGUAACGUUCUUUUUGUUUUUGUGUGUAUCUUGCGUUUUUGCAGCGCGUGGCACUGAGUCUGGAGGAUGAUGGCUAUCCCUGAGGGGGGGGGGGGGGGGGGGAUGCAACCCCACCUCCCCGAUCCCGGCCCCUCCUCCUCUCACCACAGCCUCUACGCCACUACUUUAAGAGGCCAGUUGGACGCAGAGAAGAAAGAGAAGGACCUCCCCCUUUUUUUUUUGGAGGAGCAGAGGGAUGACAUGUACAUCUUUGUAAAUCCACCCUUCUUCUCCUUAACCCCCCCCCCCCCCCUACUACCACCACUAGCCACUACUCCUUCCCUUAGUGCUAGUUUAUCAGUCUCUCCACUCCUCUCUUCUUCUCUCCGCCUCUUCUUUAGCUUUAGUGGUGUGUAAAGAUGCUGCUUGUCAAACUAACCUCGUUGUGGUUGCACAUUGUAAAUAGAAGGCUGGGUUAAAAAAAAAAAAUAA